AUCGCGCACUCAGGAUUUUUUCAUUAUUCACCAUGCGUGCUCUGCACUUGGACAGCGAUUUCCUCCGUGAUUACGUGUGGCGCGUCUCCCUGCGGGAAAGCUCCCCCGUGGAGAGGUCCUGAUGGGUUUGGGCCUUACUUGAAUUUCCCAGCUUAUUAUGUGUCUGCACUGCGCGCUAACGCAGUUCCUCAGCAGCCAGCUCCGCUUCCAGCAGCAGCAGCGGCGGCGGCAGCGGCACAAAGAGCUGGCUCUGCUGCCGAGCCAGCCAGCCGGACGGCGGUCAUGGCACCAAGCUGGUCCCGCUCGCCGGCCCCCCGUCGGUGAGCAUCCCCCGCACACUCGGACAGACAGCCCCGCUCUUUCUAUGUGUGCGACUAACGGAGGAAGAUCGGGACACUCUCCGGGCAGGAUAAACAAGGGGCGCCUCGUACCCUCUUUAGAUUUCUGGCUAAACAGUUUUAGCACCACCGCGAACAAAAAAAGUAGGAAGGAGACGUCACACGUAGUCCACUCCGAGAGGUUGAAGUUGCCGCAUUGCAACGGGCAGGAGGAGGGAGAGAGAGAGAGAGCACGGAGCAAAGAUUGAUGUUCGGAGCUCCAGUCCCUGCCCCGGACAGCAGCGCCCAGAGAACAGAUUCUUCCAGCGGAGUGAAGGACUGGACAUGUCCAGACGCAAACAGUCUAAGCCUCGGGCUGUUAAAGUUGAAGAAAGUGAAUCUUCAGAAUUUGACUUAAAUUGGGACUCAGCAACCACACGCACAGCAGGAGCCUCAGGAGGAGACCAGGAGUAUGAUACCAAGGACGGACAACUGUUGGAAGACAGACACAGCAUGACCAGUCAGGAAGAGAGAAACGAAGAUGAUGAAGACAUGGAAGAUGAAUCAAUUUACACCUGUGAUAAUUGUCAGCAGGACUUUGAUUCACUGGCUGACUUGACAGAACAUAGGGCACAUCGCUGUCCUGGAGAUGGUGACGAUGACCCACAAAUAUCAUGGGUAGCUUCAUCGCCCUCCAGUAAAGAUGUUGCAUCACCCUCCCAGAUGCUAGGAGAAGGCUGUGAUCUCGGUCUGGUGGAUGAAGAAGGAGGGACUGGUUUGCCCUACCCAUGCCAAUUUUGUGAUAAAUCAUUCAGCCGUUUGAGUUACCUUAAAAGGCAUGAGCAAAUCCACAGUGACAAACUUCCCUUCAAGUGUACAUUUUGUAGCCGCCUAUUCAAACAUAAACGAAGUCGUGACCGUCACAUCAAGCUUCACACUGGAGAUAAAAAGUACCACUGUCACGAGUGUGAAGCAGCUUUUUCUCGCAGUGAUCAUCUCAAAAUCCACUUGAAAACUCACAGCUCAAGUAAGCCAUUCAAGUGCACAAUUUGUAAACGUGGGUUCUCUUCCACAAGUUCAUUGCAGAGUCAUAUGCAGGCUCAUAAGAAGAACAAAGAUCAUAUUACAAAGCUUGAGAAGGAGAUGAAGAAAGAAGAUGUUGUUUGCGAUUAUUGUGAUGAGACAUUUAAUCAAGUUGAAGACUUGGAGAAACAUAUAGCAACAAAUCACCCACAGAUUUGUGAGAAAGCAGAGUUACAGUGCAUUCAUUGCCCUGAAGUAUUUGCAGAAGAAAAUGCAUUGAUAAGUCACAUUGACCUAGCUCAUGGGAAUAAGAAACAUAAAUGUCCUAUGUGCCCAGAACAGUUUCCUACAGUGGAAGAAGUCUAUUGCCACUUGGAUAGCCACAGACAACCAGAUUCUAGUAAUCAUAGUGUAAGUCCUGAUCCUGCUACAGGAAGUGCAGCUUCAAUGAGUAGCACGACCCCAGAUUCUAGUGCUUCAGUAGAACGAGGUUCCACGCCUGAUUCUACCCUAAAACCAUCCAGAAGUCACAGGAAACCUUCAGGAUCUUUGGAAAGAGAAGGAAGUCAAAACUCUUGGUCACCAAAAGUCACCUAUAGCUGCCCAUAUUGCUCUAAGCGUGAUUUCAGUAGCUUGGCUGUCCUAGAAAUUCAUUUAAAAACUAUUCACUCAGAUAAACCUCAGCAAGGUCACACAUGCCAAUACUGCCUUGAUUCACUUCCCACUUUAUAUAACUUAAACGAGCAUGUCCGGAAAGUCCACAAAAAUAAUAUUUUUCCAGUAAUGCAGUUCACCACUGCAUCAACGUUUCACUGCAAUUACUGCCCAGAAAUAUUUGCAGACCUAAGUAGUUUGCAGGAACACAUACGAAUUACACAUUGUGUUCCAAAUACUCUCUCUCAAGAUGGAAACCAUACCUUUUUCUGUUCCCAUUGUUCACUGGGAUUUCUUACAGAAUCUUCACUCUCAGACCACAUUCAACAAGCUCACUGCAAUGUAGGAAAUCCCAAGCUGGAGUCUCCCGCACUCCAAGCCACGCAGUCCUUCAUGGAAGUUUAUUCUUGUCCUUAUUGCACCAAUUCACCCAUUUUUGGCACCAUUCUUAAGCUCACAAAGCACAUCAAGGAAAACCAUAAGAACAUUCCACUAGCAGCAAACAGUGGCAGAAAAUCGAAGUCAGAACAAAGUCCUGUUUCUUCUGAUGCAGAAGUCUCUUCUCCGAAAAGACAGAGGUUGUCAGCAAGUGUACAAUCACUGUCAAAUGGGGAAUACCCAUGCAAUCAAUGUGAUCUCAAGUUCUCUUCUUUCGAAAGUUUCCAAAGCCAUCUGAAGUCACAUUUGGAAAUUCUUCUAAGGAAGCAAUCCUGUCCUCAGUGCAAAGAGGAUUUUGAUUCCCAGGAGACCCUGUUACAACACCUCACCAUACACUACAUGACAACUUCGACUCAUUAUGUCUGUGAGAGCUGUGAUAAGCAAUUUUCCUCAGUUGAUGACCUACAGAAGCACUUGUUGGAUAUGCAUACUUUUGUUCUAUACCAUUGCACGUUGUGCCAAGAAGUGUUUGAUUCCAAGGUCUCCAUCCAGGUGCAUUUGGCAGUGAAGCACAGUAACGAGAAGAAGAUGUAUCGCUGCACAGCCUGCAAUUGGGAUUUCCGAAAGGAAGCAGAUCUUCAACUUCACGUCAAGCAUAGCCAUUUAGGCAAUCCAGCAAAGGCCCGUAAAUGUAUAUUCUGUGGCGACACAUUCAGUACAGAAGUGGAACUGCAAUGCCAUAUUACAACACACAGCAAAAAGUAUAACUGUAAAUUUUGCAGUAAGGCCUUCCAUGCCAUUAUUUUGCUAGAAAAGCACUUAAGGGAGAAGCACUGUGUGUUCGACAACAGCAGCCAAAAUGGUACAACAAAUGGCAUUGUAUCAUGUAACAAAAGAGUGGAGACUGAUCUUCAGAACAUACUGAUGAAAAGCCAGGAAGCUCUAAACAGUCACGAAGCUAGCGAAGAUGAUAUUGAUGCUUCGGAACCAAUGUACGGCUGUGAUAUCUGUGGUGCAGCAUACACUAUGGAGGCCCUUCUGCAGAAUCACAGGUUGAGAGAUCACAAUAUUCAACCUGGAGAAGAUGAUUGUUCACGGAAAAAGGCUGAAUUCAUCAAGGGGAGCCACAAAUGCAACAUCUGUGCUCGGACGUUUUUCUCGGAGAGUGGCCUCCGAGAGCAUAUGCAGACUCAUCGUGGACCUGCUAAACACUACAUGUGUCCUAUUUGUGGUGAGAGGUUCCCUUCCCUUCUAACACUGACUGAGCACAAGGUCACACAUAGCAAAAGUCUGGAUACGGGAACUUGCAGGAUCUGCAAAAUGCCAUUGCAGAGUGAAGAGGAAUUCAUCGAGCACUGUCAGAUGCAUCCAGAUCUGAGAAACUCUCUCACAGGGUUCCGUUGUGUAGUUUGCAUGCAGACAGUCACCUCUACUCUUGAGCUGAAAAUUCAUGGAACAUUCCACAUGCAAAAAUUGUCUGGAAACUCUGCAUCAUCAUCUCCAAAUAAUCAGAGUCAUCAGAGACUCUACAAGUGUGCUUUAUGCCUGAAAGAAUUUAGGAGCAAACAGGACUUGGUGAAACUUGACAUCAAUGGUUUGCCCUAUGGCUUAUGUGCAGGUUGCAUGAACAGAGGUACCAAUGGUCAAUCUUCAAAUGUAACUCAACAGGAAAACAAUGAACGAACCAGUGUCAGUCUUCGGUGUCCUGAUUGUUCAGUUAAAUUUGAAACCGUCGAGGAUCUGGAGAGUCAUAUCCAGAUAGACCAUAGAGAAAUGACACCAGAAACAAGUAGCCAGAAAAAGUCAUCACAGGCAUCACCUGCUCCAAGGAAGAAGACCUACCAGUGUAUCAAGUGCCAGAUGACUUUUGAGACUGAACGGGAAAUACAGAUCCAUGUUGCAAAUCAUAUGAUUGAGGAAGGCAUCAAUCAUGAGUGCAAACUGUGUAACCAGAUGUUUGACUCACCAGCAAAGCUCCUGUGUCACCUGAUUGAACACAGCUUUGAAGGGAUGGGAGGUACUUUUAAAUGCCCCGUUUGUUUUACAGUCUUCGUGCAGGCAAACAAACUGCAGCAGCACAUCUUCGCAGUACAUGGGCAAGAAGAUAAGAUUUACGACUGUUCGCAAUGCCCACAGAAAUUCUUCUUUCAAACUGAACUUCAGAACCACAUGAUGAGUCAGCACGCACAGUAAGGUGUCAGCACUGCGAGACAUAUUCUCUGCAGAAGACUCGACAGAGACACAGUGGGAGAGAACUUUUGAACAUUACAUCCAAUCAAAGUGUCAUUUGAAACCCAGAUGUAAAACUAAUGAUUUGGCCAUGAGGCACUGCUAUUAUAAGCAGUUUGAAAUGAAUAUUAAUGUAACAGAUUAAAAGUAUUCUAUGCUCAGUAUUUUUCUGUCCUGCUUUUAACUAGUGAGUUCACAGCUUUUGCUUCUAAUCAGAGUUAUAGUGUGUUAGAAACAUCAGCUUUGUUGCUGUUGUCCUUUGUUGCUUAACGUAGUAAGCUAAUAGAUGUCAAGAUAACUAGAUGUAUUUUGUUAAUACUUGCUUUUAAAUGCAGAAUUAGCCAGAUGUGAUAACUGUGAUGCGCUAGCUUGCCAUUGUCAGAAUUUUUUUUCUUUUUGUCGAAGAAUGAUGUUUUAAUUGAAUUGACCGAUUCACAGUACAAUGAAAGACUAUGUAAAGAAAAACAAUGAUUACAGUGCAACUGGAUGGUGUUUGCUUAUAAAAUGUGAUUUACCUGAUUGCAAUAACUAGGGCAGUAUAAUAAAGGGAAACCACGCACUUGA